AUGGCCUCCGCCGUCGCUAGCAACGUGCACGCGGGACCCGCCGCCGCGGGAGCAAUGUCGUUCGGGUGGCUCGGCCCGCGCCUGUCGUUCGGCGGCGGCGGCAGCGGGCGCGACGCCCUCGAUGCGGUCGUGGAGGUGGAGGAGCCCAAGGCCGAGCCCGCGAUCUCCAAGGACUUCAUCGACUUCGAGUUCAGCCUCGGCGGGUCGGCUACCAUGCUGCCGGCCGACGAGCUGUUCGCCGACGGGAAGCUGCUCCCGCUCCGGCCGCAGGCUUCCGCGGGGAAGGCGGCGGCGGAGGCGGAGCUGGAGGUGGAGCGGCGGGACACGGCGCUGGUCGCGGAGAUCCCGCCGUCCACGCCGGAGCGGGUCAAGGCGCUGCACCCCGCGGCGGCCGAGGCCGCGCUGGACCCAUACGUGUUCUCGCCCAAGGCGCCGACGUGCUCCAGCCGGUGGAGGGAGCUGCUGCGGCUCAGGAAGGUCCAGACGCCGCAGAAGCCGUCCCCGUCCGCGUCGCCGUCGGCGUCCCCGGCGCCAACGGCUGCGACCCCGUCGAGGGCGUCCAACUCCUCGGCGGCCAGGUCGCUGAAGCUGCUCCUCCUUCAGCGGAACGGCGGCGGCCGUGCGUCAUGCGCCGCAGCAUCGGACCUGUCCGCGGCGCCGCUCCUACGCGACAGCUCCGACUCGGAGGCGUCGCUCUCCCUCGCCUCCUCCCGCUUCUCGCUCUCGUCGUCGUCUUCGUCCUCCGCACACGACCACGACGACUUCCCGCGCCACUCCCUCGACUCCGUCGACCCCACCCCUCGUCCCCGCCUCCGCCUCGUCCGCUCCCACCCCCAUGCGACGCCCCAGCCGCACCCACCCGCUGCCGUCGCCGCGGCCUCCGCCCCCGCGCGCGCCGGCCACAGCCCCGCCCGGCGCCGCCCCUCCACGCCGCAGCCUCCGCCGCCGCCGAGCGUGGUCUCCGUGGACUCCCCGCGCAUGAACGCCUCCGGCAAGAUCGUGUUCCAGGGCCUGGAGCGCAGCUCCAGCUCCCCCGCCGGCAGUGUCCACUCCUCCAUGCGGUCGCGCUCCCGCGUCAUGGACCGGUCCUACUCCGCCGGCGUCCGCGCCACGCCGGUCGUGCUCAACGUCCCCGUCUGCUCGCGCCCGGUGUUCGGGUUCUUCAAGGACAAGAAGGACGCCGCGGCAAAGGAAGCCGCUUCCGGGCGACCGCGUUCCGCUCUCGGCCGGAGGACGACGGCCACACCGGCAGCCGGCGGAGCGAGCUGCCGAGAUCUCGGCAAUGGUAACUGACAUCGCCUUUGACUAAGCUAGUAUCAUUAGCAGUAGCAGUAGCUAGUAGUUUCUCAGUCCGAAAAAAGGAAAACAGAUCAAAAAAGAGUUUGAGAAGUUUGGGGUGGUGAAGAGAGAUUAGUUUGAGAUUUGGAGAAGAGAAUGAAACGAUUUAGGAGGAUAGUUUGGUGAGCUGAUUUUGCUUUGUGAGGCUAGAGUUUUCCGAGCAAACGAUCAACAACCCGCCCGUUCUGCUCCUGUAAAUUCUGUCUGCAUUUGUUUUUUUUUUGCUACCCUUCCCGCUUUGAUCCUUCAAUCCAUGGUACUUGCUUGUUAGCACAUUUGAUCUCUUGCUCCUCAACUGAAUUUCCCAGUGAGAAAAAAUGGAAAAAAAACUUGUGCA